AUGUCUGAAUCUAGAGUCCAGGUUAUUAGCCCGGUUAAAAGCUUUUUAGCUGGUGGGUUCGGUGGAGCAUGUUGCAUUGCAAUUGGUCACCCUUUCGACACAAUAAAGGUUCGACUUCAAACAAUGCCUCACGUAACAUCAGGAACAGCACCUAUGUAUUAUGGGACUUUUGACUGUGUCAAGAAAACUGUAGCGGCUGAUGGUAUCUUUGGACUUUAUAAGGGGAUGGGGGCACCCAUAGCCGGAGUGGCUCCUGUAUUCGCCAUUUGCUUUUUUGGGUACAAUUUAGGUAAGCAGCUUUUUGCCAAGGAUCCAAUGGAUUUAAGGAAACAUGAAAUUUUGUUUGCGGGAAUGUUCUCUGGCAUUUUUUCAACUGCAAUCUUGGCUCCAGGAGAGCGUAUAAAAUGCCUAUUACAAGUUCAGUCGAAUGCAAUUGGACCUUUGAAGUAUAGUGGACCGGUUGAUGUUCUUCGUCAGUUGUAUCGCGAAGGUGGGAUUCGAAGCAUUUUCAAGGGAACAGCUGCAACACUUCUGCGAGAUGUCCCUGCAUCUGGAGUGUAUUUUCUGAGUUAUGAAUUAAUGAAAGAUGCAUUAAGGAAUCCACACUCAAAGAAUAAUGAAUUGAGUGUUGGUAAAACUCUCUUUGCCGGUGGUAUGGCAGGUAUCUUCAACUGGCUAGUAGCUAUUCCUCCCGAUGUUUUAAAAUCUCGUCUACAGAGUGCUUCUGAGGGUGUUUAUCCCAAUGGAAUUCGGUCGGUAUUCUCUGAACUUAUUGCAAAAGAAGGCUUUUUGGGAUUGUAUCGGGGUAUGACUCCGGUGAUGCUUCGAGCAUUUCCUGCAAAUGCUGCAUGUUUUCUCGGUUACGAAGUUGCUUUGAAAUUUCUGGAUUAUGCAUUCCCUAGUCUGUGA